AUGCGACGGCUGCUGCAGACCCUCUGCCUGCUGCUGCUGCUGCCCUCGCCCCGCGGAGCCGUCAUCACGGGGGCCUGCGAGCGGGACCCGCAGUGCGGCAGUGGGACGUGCUGCGCCGUCAGCCUCUGGCUGCGGGGUCUGCGGAUGUGCACCCCGCUGGGGCAGGAGGGGGACGAGUGCCACCCCUUCAGCCACAAGGUCCCGUUCCUUGGGAAGCGCCAGCACCACACCUGCCCCUGUCUGCCCAACUUCAGCUGCUCCAGGUUCCUCGAUGGCCGCUACCGCUGCUCGCUCGACUUCAAGAAUUUUGACUUUUAGGUGAUGGAGCCGUGAGUUUCGUCCCGGCCGCCAGCCCCCAGCGCCCAUUUCUCGCCCCUCUUUUUGCUCAACACACUGUCCCCCCAGGCAACCCUAAAAGCGUUGCUAGAUAGCGUUGCUACAAGCUGUGUAUACGGGGAAACUGAGGCACGGUCAAGCGAAGCUGCUCUGGCACAUUGCUUAGCAAAGCUCUGCCCCCAGAGCAGAUAGAGGACAGCAAACAUCUUGGGCCUCCAAAAACCCUUUCACA